AAAAAAGGGAUAGAACUAAUAAGAACUAUAAUAAAGCGGUUAAAAAUAUUAUAUAGCGUUAUAAAUAAAUAUAACGACGAUAUAAAACUAACGUAUAUAUUUAAGUCCGCUUUAAAAAUAAGUACUAUAAGUAUACGUCUUCUUCUAAGUACUAUUUUUUUAAAUCUAGAGCCGAGUUAG